AUGUCCAGUGAUCCUCCUCCGCCAUACCCUGGAGGUCCUAGUGCUCCCCUCAUCGAGGAGAAGAAUGGACAAGCAGUAUGUUGCUUAAAAUUCCUUUGUGUAAAUACAGCUCCUGUAAGAACAGGACCUCCUCCGGGUCAGCCUCUCCCGCCAGACUACGGCCCACCCCCGUAUGAAGGCCCACACCCAGGCUUCCUCCCUCCACACGUCCCUGGAGACGUGCCAAUGCCCAUGCCCAUGCCAAUGCAUAUGCCCUCACCACCCCCAGGCGGUGCCUACCCACCACCGCUGCCCGGCCACUUCCCGCACCCGAUGCCUGGCCAGAUGGGUCCUGGCGGCCCCUUCGUGCACAUGGGCGGACACACGGCAACUGUCAUGGCCCCGCCGGGGGCCGCCACCACCGUGACGGUGCUCCAGGGCGAGAUGUUCCAGACGUCGCCGGUGCAAACGGUUUGUCCGCACUGCCAGCAGGCCAUCGUCACGCGCAUCUCCCACGACGUGGGCAUCAUGAACACCCUCUUCUGUCUCUUCUGCUUCUUUGUCGGGUGUGAUCUGGGCUGCUGCUUGAUUCCCUGUCUGAUCGACGACCUGAAGGAUGUGACGCACACCUGCCCAUAUUGCAAGGGCUACAUCUACACAUACAAACGUAUAUGCUAA